CUCAAGAACUUCGGCGGCAUCUUCUCGUACCUGACCUCGAAGUGGGCCCUAACGACUUUCACCGUCGCUAUAAUACUGAAUCGGACGCAAUUCUAUGCCUCGUCGCGAGAGCAUCUGAGACUGCGCUUCCACGUGCGCUUAGCACUGUAUCUGAUUCCCAUUGCGGCGAUUCUUGUUCAACUUCUCUCAAUCCUGCAGGCUUUGAAGUGCCAGACGUCUCCGAACUUUGCCCAACUUCGCUAUGGCGACCCGCUGAAGCACUUGACUAUUGAUUUCGCAUCGGAGGGCGGCUUUCUCUACAAGCUGAGCUCGACACUACUAUUCUGGCAGGACGAUGCCGAAUGCUGCGAUGCUAGACACAUGUCGCUGAUCGGCGUUGGAGAAGACAAGAGCGCUCUGCGAGGCUCCAUGUCAAUGCUCUACUGGUUCUUCCUGACCCUUUGCACUAGUCAGCUCUUCGAAACCCUGGCUUGCGCCCUGCAAGGCAAACAACCCAUGCCGGAGACUGGCAUGACCAUCUUUGAGCAUUCCUUGGCCUUUGCAGAAUGCGAAGCUAUGAUUAGUAGUGCACUUGGUUUCGGAUUUCUUGGACUUUCCAAAGUCGAUUCGCCAAGCUCGUCAAGCGACGGGCCACUGAUCAGCCGCGCAGAAAUCCUCCAGCGCCUGAAUGUGCCUCCGGAGGUACUCCUGGUCUGCUUGAUUUCAUGCUUCAGCCAUCUUAGCAGUGCUCUGCUCGCUGUCGCAGGGAUUCGUCACAACGUCCGCCUAGUCAAUACCGCAGUCUGGGGCUGCUGCUACAUGUCGGCGAUAGUCUGGAGCUUUGCGAAGAUUUUCAUGUAUCCCGUUGACCACAUAAGUGACCUAGGAGUGCUACGCUUUCCCACAGUCUGCAUUGUGGGCUUUAUACCACAUCUCCUUCUGUUGAUCGGCACUCUGGUCUGCGCUUUGAUUUAUGGUCUGGCGAUUCUUGCUACGGUCGUUUCCAUGCCCAAAGAUGCAGCAGCGGGGCGAUCUCUACGACAGAGACUCGAAUGGGCAUACCAGAACCUUCAAGCGAACGUCCAAUUCUCCCAGAACUCGUCUAUUCAUAUCAAGAUGACUGAAGACUUUUAUACCACACUCCUCAAAGUCGGCUUCAACGUAUUGACUGCUGCAAGCGAAGCUGUCUAUCUGAACGAAGGAAGUCGCAUCAAUGUUGCAAACAUGACGUGGUUAGAGCAGAAGCGUAUUGAUGAACUAGCAAUGAGUAUGGAUAAGCGGAAAGGGCCUUCCGUUCCGGUUGAACUCCUUGGCGACGGCAUUGCGAGGGGUGUGAACUACGUCGAUCAUCAGAACUUUGCCAUCGGUCAAUCGCCUUACGCUCGCGAGCGCAAAUCACAAACUGCCAAGAUUGCCGAUCGAAGGCGGAACCAGACCGAGCUGGACAGUGGACUCGGGAUCUCGCAACGACGUAGCCGCAUGCAACUCACGUUCGACUUCAUCGCAGGCAUCAUCUGGCUUUCCAUAAGUAUUCAAGCACAAUUCGCACUGGGUCUGCUUCGGAAAGUCGGCAUCGUGCAGCGUCCAUUGUGGCUGCUCAAGGCCGCCGGACUUACAGAAAAGCAGAGGGAGCCCUCGGCACAUACUCGGAGUACCCGUCGCGUAUUCACCAGUUUCUACUUUCCUGGCGACGAUGGUAGUGUCGCGCUGCCAGACGACUUGAACAUUGAUGUCGAAGUUGAGACUAGACGCAAGAUGACGAGACAGGGUGAGUAUCAAGAUGAGGAGGACCUAAGUGACACGCUUUAUCAGUGGUGGCAGAGAGGAGGAUGGUUUGGUGAUGUAGACGCGAGCGGCGACUACGUCCAGGCUUCAGCAGACGAUGAUGAUGACACAACGAGCAUGAUUUCAAUGUCCACGAAUGCAAGCACGGCAGACGAUUGGGAAGAGGAAGAAAGCGGGCGCCGAACACCAACACAACGGGAUUUCCCUGGUGAUUACUUCAGUAGAGAGAGAACGCCGGCGAUGGACAACGGGCUGGACGUGGCCUCGCUAUCUCGUCUCCUCAACCCCAAGACUGCCGCAGAUCGAGAGGAGGCCAGAUUGCUCUCAUAUAGCUUGCAGUCGACGAGUCCAUUGACGCGCAGCCAGUAUCGUCGCAACCAGGAUCGGACGCGAGCUGAGCUUCUCGCCGGCCUACGCAAUUCGAACACGUCUGUUGCCCAUGCCGGUAGUGACGAAGAUGAAGAGCGCGACCUUGAGCAAUUCAUCCUCGCGCAGCGCUCCAAAGCCAAGACAAAAGCCCAAAGAGCAGGAACAUGGGAAUCUGGAGCUGAGGGCAUGGGAGAAGGUGGACCUCAAUGCGUCGUGUGUCAGUCUACGCCACGCACCAUUUUAGUGUGGCCUUGCGGCUGUCUGAGCAUGUGUGAUGACUGCAGAGUUGGGUUGGCGGCGCGAAAUUACACGAAGUGCAUAUGUUGUCGAACGGACAUUGCUGCGUAUAGCAGGUUGUACGUGCCAUAG